ACACGUCUUGUUCCUCCUCUCACUUUUAGGCUUCUUCAGUUGUGAGAGGGCACGCGAGUGUCCAUCUUUGGCUCUCUGAGUGAGUGAUGGCCACGAUGGCCUCUUACACUGCCUACAGUGGCUACAGCAAACCUCCUCAAUCUUACGUUGGUACUUACUAUGAUCAGAAGGACGCCCAGACUUACGCCGAUUCGGUGUAUGAGGAGAAAAAGAGAAUCGAGAAGAAGGACCGUCGGGAGGCGAUCUGCUGUGAGGUAGUAGCUCUGGUGAUCGGCUUCAUCGGACUCAUUGGAGUGGCGGCCGUGACGGGCCUGCCCAUGUGGAAGGUGACGGCCUUCAUUGAGGAGAACAUCAUCGUCAUGGAGACCCGCUGGGAGGGCUUGUGGAUGAACUGCUACCGACAGGCCAACAUCAGGAUGCAGUGCAAGGUGUACGACUCCCUGCUCUUCCUGCCUCCAGACCUCCAGGCUGCCAGAGGCCUGAUGUGCAGCUCCGUGGCUCUGACCACCUUCGCGCUCAUCGUCUCGGCCGUGGGGAUGAAGUGCACCAAGGUGGUGGAUCAUCGGGCGCGCACCAAGCACGUUGUCCUCGUGGCGGGAGGCUGCCUGUUCCUGCUGGGCUGCAUCACGACCAUCAUCCCCGUGUCCUGGACGGGUCACGUCAUCAUCAGGGACUUCUACAACCCCCUGCUGAUCGACGCCCAGCGCAGGGAGCUGGGAGAGGCUCUCUACAUCGGCUGGGUGACGUCCGCUUUGCUUUUCAGCGCCGGGGUGAUCCUGCUGUGCCGCCACGCUCCACGCACCCAGGAGCCAGAUGAGAGGAUUGAAUACAAUCCAGGUGGAAAUAUCUACCAACCAGGAUACUCAAUGCAGCCGUAUACAUACCAGCCAGCGUAUUCCUACCAACCUGCCUAUACUGCUCCCCCUGGCUCUGUGAUUUACACACCAAACCAGUUCCAGUGAGGGAGCUCAAUCAGACAAUUUUGGACUUUUAGAUUUUGAGCACCAAAAUGAGGGGAAUCAAGUGACUGAUAUGACCGAAGGCUGUCACUGGGACGAGCCAACGCUUUCAUUACUUUCUCAAAGGAGAGCCAAAUGCAUUACAGCCCAAUUUAAAAUUCAUUGUGGAACAGUGUGUGUUUGGGUCAACGUUGAAUUAAGCGCCAAUCUUUCGUUUCUCCACCUUGUUCGCUUCUUGUGUUCUUGUUAAAUGUUAUCAGUCAAAUGAGUGUUUUUAAUCGUUCAUAAUAACCUUUAAUGUGCACCUCAAUAACUGGUUAUCCACCGUCUGCUGACCUGCACUUUGAGAACAAAUUAUGCACUAGUCCUCUUUCAGUUAUAGUGCAGAUGGGUUGUAUUUACUGCUGAGCAUAUUUUGUUGUACAUGUCCAUGUUUACUUUCACAGCGUCGGCCUAAACAUGAGGUCAGAUGUUGUUUGCAAUAAAAUGGAGAAGUUUGACAGAA